AUGCCCUGUCCGAGCCUGCCGAGCGCAAUCCUGCAGUGCCGCGACUCGCUCGUGUUCCGGCCCCGCGGCCGGGCGGCUGCAGCGAUCCCCAAGCUGGUGCGGCAGGAGGACCUGGCUAAGGGGCUGACAUACCCCCGCAUCAAGGAGAUUCGGGCGAUCUCUGCGGCUGUGGCGGUCGCGGUCAUCAAGGCCGCCGCGGAAGACGUGCAGGUGCUGCGCAAGGGGGCGCUCAAGGCGCUGGCGAAGGGCGACGCGGCCCUGCUGCACUGGGUCAAGGGUCACAUGUACAGCCCCUUCGAGUACCGCUCCCUGGCGUACCGCCCACCAGGUGUGGGCGAGUGA